GGUGGAGGCCCUGCGAACGGCCGUCUCUCUCUCGUUUGCUCCAUAACCCAGGACCGGUAAGCAUCAUCAACAGUACCAUCUCAGAGAGAGAAAGCGAAAAAUAGAGAGUGAGGGAGUGAUACAGUACAAUGUGAGUAAACACCGCGAGCGUGCUUUCGGCUACUUUAUCAGAAUCAGAUCAUCACUCACCAGAGCCACCAGUCACCACUACUCGCAGUGUUCAGUUACAUUUUUCCUCGGAGUAACGGAUGUGCUACUGAGAUCUUGCGAUUUCCUGUGUUGAAGAUGGGGAGCGAGUCGUCGGAGGAAGGCUCUGAUCAGCAGAGCGAGAGGUGCGGGAGCUACAGUCUGAGCGCGGAUGUUAGCGAGUCGGAGAGCUGCAGUAGCUUCUCGGGUAGGAGGUUUGAUGGAGAAGGAGGGGCUUCCAGCUCAAUGGCUUCGUCUCCCCGGCCUGUUGUUGGGAACUUCUGUUUCCCGGCGCCUGUGGUGAUGAUGCCUGUGAUUGGAGGCAAGGAUGUGGUUGUCUGGGACGAGAAGCCUGAGAAACGGGAGACGGAUUUGUCCGAGGUUGAGAUGAUGAAAGAGAGAUUUGCUAAGCUUCUAUUAGGCGAGGACAUGUCUGGAGGGGGAAAAGGAGUGUGUACAGCCCUGGCAAUUUCUAAUGCCAUCACAAAUCUCUCGGCCACUGUGUUUGGUGAACUAUGGAGAUUAGAGCCACUGGCCUCACAGAAGAAGGCAAUGUGGUGUCGAGAAAUGGAUUGGCUUUUGUGUGUGAGUGAUUCCAUUGUUGAACUUGUCCCUUCGAUGCAACAAUUUCCUGGUGGGGGUACAUUUGAAGUGAUGGAAACAAGGCCUCGGUCUGAUUUAUAUGUAAAUUUGCCUGCCUUGAAGAAGCUGGAUGCCAUGAUGAUUGGUCUGCUUGAUGGCUUUUCUGAUACAGAGUUCUGGUAUGUUGACCGGGGGAUAGUUCUAGGUGAUGGUGGUGAUUGUGAUGUCUAUCCACUAGGGGUUUCUGGUCAGAAGCCUUCUAUUAGGCAGGAAGAGAAGUGGUGGCUUCCUUGUCCUAAAGUACCGCCAGAUGGGUUGUCGGAGCAUGCCAGAAAGACAUUACAACAGUGUAGGGAUUGCACAAACCAGAUAUUGAAAGCUGCCAUGGCUAUUAAUAGUAGCGUGCUUGCUGAAAUGGAGAUACCCAUUGCGUAUUUGGAGACUUUACCAAAGAGUGGAAAAGCUUGUCUUUACGAUGUCAUCUACCGCUACAUAACUGCUGAAAAGUUCUCUCCAGAGAGUCUUCUGGAUUGUCUAGACUUUUCAUCAGAGCAUCACACCCUGGAAGUUGCUAACAGGAUUGAGGCUGCAGUGCAUGUUUGGAAGCAAAAAUACCUAAGAAAGCACAUGAAGCACAUGAAAUGCCGGCGUUCAUCUUGGGGUGGUAAGGUCAAGGCCCUUGUUUCUGUCUCCGAAAAGAAUCAUUUUCUUGCCCAACGAGCUGAGUGCCUCUUACAAAGCCUGAGGCUUAGAUUCCCUGGCCUCCCUCAGACUGCACUGGAUAUGAACAAGAUUCAAUACAACAAGGACGUUGGGCAGUCUAUUCUUGAAAGCUACUCGAGAGUAAUGGAGAGCUUAGCCUUCAACAUUAUGGCAAGGAUAGAUGAUGUUCUAUAUGCUGAUGAUGCGACUAAGAGAUGUGCUGCGGCAGAAUCAAUGUUCAGCCGGGGAGGUGUAGGUGGCAUUCCCAUCCAGAAGCGAAUGUCACCCAGCCCUUUCUCAAUUCAGCACACCCCUUAUGCCUCGCCAUUUGCAACCCCAACCUUUUGCUCUUCUAGUCCAAUCACUCGGAGCCCAGGAAGAGUGCCAUCCUCUCUGAGGAAGAAUUAUUUAAAGGAGGCACCAGACUGGAAACUGGAAAAACCAUUCCCAUCAGACUUCGAAAAGGUUUGGUCUUGUGCCGGAAACCUUAGUGCAAGAAGGGUCUCAGGGGAUGCUCCUGAGCGAGAUUAACACGGAGGAGUCAACAUCUUGAGCAAAACGAGCUUAUAGCAUCUACUAAGCAUAGAAACAGAGUACAUAAAGUUGACGUGAGAAUCCUUUGGCAAUUGGGAAACGAAGAAAUAUGGCAUUUUGCAUAUUCGUUGAAAGUAGAAAUAUGAUAUUCUAAAGUUUUGAUCAUGAUUUUUAUUAUGUGGUAAUUGCUUAGGAGAGAUGCAUAUCCUUAGGCAACUUCAUAGGGAGGGUAAGCUGUAACUCGAUAUUUGUAAAUUAAGGCUAUAUGAGUAGUAGGGUUGAGAAUUAAGAUGACUAGAAACAAUGCUGCUUUUGGCAGGAUCAUGUGUAACCCUUCUUCAAUUUUUUUCAUAUCAUCGUUAUUAUCUUUGUGCUGAUUU